AUGGCUUCAUUUUCAUCAUCUUAUUACAAAAUGGAAGAUCAUAGAAAUGUUGCCGCAACAAAACUACAAAAAGUUUACAAAAGUUUUAGAACUCGAAGACGACUUGCAGAUUGUGCCGUUCUUGCUGAACAUAAAUGGUGGCAGGUGUUGGACUUUGCUGAACUAAAACGUUGUUCUAUAUCAUUUUUUGAUAUAGAGAAACCUGAAUCUGCUAUUUCACGAUGGUUUAGAGCUACAACUAAAGCUGCUAAAGUUGGAAAGGGUUCUUCAAAAGAUGAGAAAUCUAGGAAACUUGCCCUACAACAUUGGCUUGAGGCUAUAGAUCCUCGACAUCGUUAUGGCCAUAAUUUACAAUUCUAUUAUGUUAGAUGGCUUCAUUGCAAGAGUAACCAACCAUUCUUUUAUUGGCUCGACAUUGGAGAAGGAAGAGGGAUCGACAUUAUUGAAAGAUGCCCACGAUCUCGACUUCAACAACAAUGCAUUAAGUACCUUGAUCCAGCAGAGAGGGAAGAAUAUGAAGUGAUAGUGGAGAAUGGAAGACUUUUGUACAAAGCAAGCCAAAAGGUUGUUGAUACAACAGCAGAACCUAAAGGCAGUAAAUGGAUCUUUGUGUUAAGCACCACAAGAACAUUGUAUGUCGCCCAGAAAAUCAAAGGCAAAUUUCAACAUUCCAGUUUUCUGGCUGGAGGUGCAACACUGUCUGCUGGAAGAUUGAUUGUCGACAAUGGAAUUCUAACGUCAGUUUGGCCUCAUAGUGGUCAUUACCUCCCUACAGAAGAAAAUUUCCAGGCAUUCAUGACAUUUCUUACAGAAAACAACGUGGAUCUUACUGGUGUCAAGAAAGCUCCAAUGGAUGAGGAAGAUGGAGGAGUUUAUAGUUCAACUCGAGAUGAGAAUGAAGAGCACCAACCACGAUUAUCUAAGCUUUCAGACGUGGCCACCUCCAAGAUACUACUAAAAAGAUCACAGAUCAUACGGUCCAAGAUUGCGAGACUUAAAAUUCCAAGCAUUCGUAGCGUGGUGGAAGAAGAGUUCAAGACACCUCAAUUACCACCCGAAGAUGAUCAUAACGACAUCAAAGAAGAAGAAGAAGAAGACGACGACUUUUUGUCCGAUGAUGGUUUCGAAACAGCAGAAGAAUCAUUCCUGUCAGAGGACGAUUUCAUGUGCCCUAAACUCAAUCUAUUCGAGUUGCAUGAGGAUCCUAAGUUUGAAGAGCCAUUAUCACAAGCAACCAUCCUAAAGAGAAUCCAUAGUCAUAGAAGAACUCAAUCUUAUCAAUUGGGUGAACAUUUACAGUUCAGAUGGACAACUGGUGCUGGACCCAGAAUCGGGUGUGUGAGGGACUAUCCUUCAAGGUUGCAGUUCCAGGUGCUAGAGCAAGUCCACUUAUCGCCAAGGAAACAACUUCCAUCACCAUUGGGUUCUUACUUGCAUCAAGCUGUUUCGACUAAAAGCAGCCUUGCUCCUGAAAAAAGCAUUUAA